UACAGGAAGAGAGUUGCAAAAAGUCAAAACGUUGGACCUACGGUGUGUUUUUAGGCUGCUGUGGUUUCAUUAAAGACUCAGCGCAAGUGGGUAAACUUUAUCGACCAGCAGAUAAAGUUGUUGAACCGAUAAGCAGGCCUGUCCACAUGGCUCUCAACAAGUCCAUGCAUCCUCGGAACAGGUACAAGGACAAACCUCCGGACUUCGCCUACCUGGCCUCCAAAUACCCGGACUUCCAGCAGCACGUGCACACCAGCCUCACAGGACGACCAGUUGUGAACUUCAAAGAGCCAGAGGCGGUGCGAGCGCUGACCUGCACCCUGCUGAAGGAGGACUUCGGUUUGACCAUCGAGAUCCCUCUGGAGCGCCUCAUACCGACCGUCCCUCUACGCCUCAACUACAUCCACUGGGUGGAGGACCUCAUCGACGGCCAGAAACAGCCACGCAGGGGCAUCGACAUCGGCACAGGAGCGUCCUGCAUCUAUCCUUUACUUGGAGCUACAAUGAACGGCUGGUACUUCCUCGCCACUGAGGUGGACGACAUCUGCUUCGACUACGCAAAGAAGAACGUGGAGCAGAACAACAUGUCUGACCUGAUUAAAGUGGUGAAGGUCCCACAGAAGACAUUACUGAUGGACGCUUUAAAAGAAGAGACAGAAAUCGUUUAUGACUUCUGCAUGUGCAACCCUCCGUUUUUCGCCAACCAGCUUGAAGCGAAGGGGGUGAACUCCAGGAACUCACGGCGACCUCCUCCCAGCUCGGUGAAUACAGGAGGAGUGACGGAGAUCAUGGCAGAGGGAGGUGAGCUGGAGUUUGUCAAGAGGAUCAUUCACGACAGCCUGCAGCUCAAGAAACGUCUCCGGUGGUACAGCUGCAUGUUGGGGAAAAAAUGUAGCCUGACACCUUUGAAAGAGGAGCUGAGAAAGCAAAGGGUGCCUAAAGUGACCCACACCGAGUUCUGCCAGGGCCGGACCAUGAGGUGGGCGCUGGCCUGGAGUUUCUAUGAAGAUGUGAUUGUUCCUUCUCCUCCCAGUAAGAAGCGUAAGCUGGAGAAGGCUCAGAAACCUCUGUCCUUCACGCUGCCGGAGGCCGGGCUGAAGGAGCUCCAGGCCAAGGCCUCGGCUGCAGGCUGCGUCGGCAGCUCUGUGGACGUCGUCACCGCUCUGCUGGAGAUAACACUGACUGAGCUGCGGGUGCUGCACAAACGCGUCCCUUGCAGAGAGCAGGAGCAGAGUCUCUUUCUGACCGCCGUGGAAAACACGUGGAUCCACGGCCGACAGAAGAGGCGCGAGCAGAAACGCCAGCUGCGAGAGCUUCCCAGAGCGCCUCACGGUGCCGGAACCAGUUCUCAAACCAGCGUGACCACUGCCGCCCCAGGAUCUCACAGUUCCCCCCAGAACCAGCCCCUCCCCACAGAGAAAAGCAACAGCCAGGACAGCAACGUCAACCUGUCUGCAAACGAGACGAGCAGAGCAGAAACGAGCACAGCCGGAGAACUAGAAGAGGCGUCAGAACAUGCAGCAGGUGAGGACGCAGGCAUGGAGUCCUCCACCUGCCCAGAAGCGGGUCAGGAACCAGAUGCUGCAGGUGAAGCACCCCCUGUAGGGUCCCAGACCCACGGUCCUGUSGAACACUUCCUGUUUAAAUGUGUGCUGAACGUGAUUCCAGAGGACAGAGACGUCGUGGUGGAGCUGCACUGGGUUGAAGGUCAGAACAAAGACCUGAUGAACCAGCUGCGCACCUACCUGAAGAACAGCUUGUUCAAAUCUGUGGCCAAAGUUUAAUAAUCAGAAAGAGAACACAUUUCUAUUUUUGUUUUGUAAAGGAAGUAUUCUGAUGUCAGCCAGUGAAGUAUUCAUUUUACCAGAGAUUUUUUGUUUUUCUAAAAGUUUUUACUAUUACGUAUUUUCUUGUUAGCUUACCUUUAAAGGUAUUCCACAUGUAAAAUAAUACUUUGUUGCAAACAAAUGCAAUAAAUGUACAUUUUCAAA